AUGUCUACUUCUGCCUCAGCUUGUAGAUUCAUCCUGGAAAAGUCAGGAGACACUUAGGAACUGAAGGUAAUGAUCUCCUGCAGGUUCACUGUUCAGUUACCGAGGGGCCUAGGGCAAUCCCAUCACCCUAGGAGCGUCCUGUAUGCACUUGCAUUAUGCCAGGGUCAGAUAUUUAACCAGAAGUGGCCUCUGGAUGUGUACCAAAGUGAGGCCUGCAGAUAUGUUGAAACAGCCACCUCUCUUGACAUGACUGCAUCCCAAAUGAAUCUUCUGGGCAGACCCUGCUCACCUCCAGCUCUCCUGACACAGCCUGCCAGAGCUGUCAGUAAGACAUUCAUAACUCCAAUCUCAAUCCCCUGAUCUAGAAGACGGGAUAAGAGGGCCUGUGCCACAGGAUGUUUGAAGAAACUAUGAGGAUGUAGGUACAGAGCCAGCAGCACAGGGUGCAGCCAUUCCAAUCAACUGGUAUUGGAGGGCUGCUACGUCAGUUCCCUGAUCAUAGCGUACUACACACACACACACACACAGAGUCAUCAGUGA